AUGGCGAAUAGAUUUCCGUCUUCGAGGCCUGACUGGUCUAAUAUAGAUGUUAUACAUCGUGGUUUGCUUCCCCCACGAUCUUACUUUUUCCUGUACGAAACUGAGUCCAGUGCUCUCAACGGCAGUCGAGAUCUGUCGCAGUCGAUCAACUUGAGCGGCGUGUGGAAGUUUCAUCAUAGCGCCAACCCCUUUGAGGCACCCGGUCAGUUCGAGAACCCAACAAAUGACACAACAAAUUGGAAAGAUAUUCGAGUUCCAGGUCAUUGGCAGCUUCAAGGGUGGGGUAAACCUCAUUACAGCAAUAUCAACUACAUCAUCCCUGUGGAUCCGCCAAACGUGCCAUUCGAUGCCAAUGAGACUGGCAGUUAUGUUACGAAAUUCAGUGUACCAACAACCUUUACAGAUGAACAGCUACGGCUUCGAUUUGAAGGUGUAGAUUCUGCAUUUCACGUCUAUGUAAACGGUGUUAUGGUUGGUUACUCGCAAGGUUCCCGAAACCCCGCAGAGUUCGAUAUCAUGUCUACAGUCAAGAUGGAGGAGGAGAAUGUACUAGCUGUACGGGUUUAUCAAUUCUGUGAUGGCACGUAUCUGGAAGACCAAGACCAGUGGCGAAUGAGUGGCAUCUUCCGCGACGUACUACUUCUUGCGUUCCCAAAAGAUCAUAUAAAAGAUUUUCAAGUUCAAACACUACUCGAUGACGAUUUCAAAAAUGCGUAUCUCAAAGUAAAGGUCACCACGGAGGGUCGGGGCUUAAUCGACCUCAAGCUUCUCGACUCGAGAGGAGUUACCAUCGCUACGGAGUCAAUGCAAGGCAGUGACCAUCCAACCGUUUUCAACAUCGCGAUGACCGAGCCCAAAAAAUGGAGUGCAGAAGACCCUUAUCUUUACAAGCUUAUUCUCUCUUUUGGCGGUCGUUUCAUCGCCCAGAAUGUUGGCUUUCGUACGGUGGAGAUCAAAGACGGAAUCUUUAAGGUUAAUGGCAAGAGAAUUGUCUUGCGUGGUGUCAACAGGCAUGAGCAUCAUCCUAUGCAUGGUAGAGCGGUUCCUUACGACUUCAUGAAACAUGACUUGCUUCUAAUGAAGAAAUACAAUAUCAAUGCUAUCCGGACGGCUCAUCAACCCCCAGACCCAAGAUUUUUCAGUCUCGCGGACGAGUUGGGCUUUUGGGUUAUUGAUGAGGCAGACCUUGAAUGUCAUGGCUUCAGUGCUAUUGAUAAGCUAAUGUUGUCCGACGACGAAAAGAAACUGCCGUAUGCAGAAAAGAUAAAUCUAAUCUACACUCGCCCAGGACGGUUCACUACUGACAACCCUGCCUGGAAAGGUCAACAUGUUGACCGCGCAGUACAACUGUGCAUGAGAGACAAAAAUCAUCCCUCGGUGGUGAUGUGGUCUCUUGGGAACGAAGCAUUCUAUGGGUGCAAUAUUAAAUCUAUGUACGAUGCCAUUAGAGCUCUUGAUACUACCCGGCCUAUCCAUUAUGAAGGAGAUAGACAGGGAGAAACCGUUGACCUGCUGUCGAAGAUGUACCUGAGUAUUGAGGAACUGAUUAGUUUCGGCAAAGAGCCCAACUUCACAAAGCCAUUAAUACUAUGCGAGUACAUCCAUUCAAUGGGAAACGGGCCGGGAAAUAUAAAGGAAUACAUCGACACCUUCUAUGAAUAUCCUCGCUUGCAGGGUGGCUGCGCGUGGGAAUGGGCGAACCAGGGACUGACGGCCAACACCCCAAACAGUGGCCCAUUCUACGCCUAUGGAGGAGACUUCAAUGACGAACCAAAUGACUCUACUUUUGUUUUAGAUGGGAUGUGCUUUUCUGAUCAUACACCGACACCAGGACUGGUCGAGUACAAGAAAGCGAUAGAGCCAGUGCAGCUUAAGGGUAUUGCAGGUGGAGAAGUCACGAUUGUGAAUCGAUACGAUCUUGUCACCUUGGAUCACCUUAAAUGCCACGGGUUCCUAGUUGCGGAUGGGCACAAAAGGUUUCUUGGAGAGAUUCUCAUCCCAACAGAUAUUCAUCCUCAUACGACGGCAGAGUUGGCACUGCCACCGUUGGACACCUUUGGAAUCGAAGGAGAGAUUUACCUUGAACUUAAUUUUACGUUGAAAGACGCAACCAUAUGGGCAGACAGGGUCCAUAAUGUAUCGUCUUCGCAACUUCAACUGUGUGCCCCUGUCAAAGAAGCGUCUAGAGACGCAGCAGAUAAUAUGCCGCCACCAACUCUCCACAAAACACCCACUACUUUGAUCAUUGCUGCAGCAGAGUCAACAUGGAUUUUCUCAACCAUAUCAGGCAAGGUUAUCUCCUGGAAAAAGUAUACAACCGAGCUUUUCCACUCAAGCCUUGGUCCCGAAUUUGAUGUCAACCGCGCUGAGACAGACAAUGAUCGCCGGCAUGAUGCUGUAGACUGGAAGGAGAAGUUCAUACAUCUAAGCAAAGGAUACACAAAAUCGGUGGAAUGGUCUAUAAAUGCUUCGGAUUCUUCGAUUGGGGUCAUUGUCGAAACCAGGCUUGCGCCGCUGGCUUUGUCUUGCGGCAACCCAGGAGGAGAGACCCUUCCGCUCACGCUACCUCGCAUUGGAUUCACAAUGGGUCUACCACAAUCCUUUAAUAAAGUCGAAUGGUUUGGCCGUGGCCCAGGAGAGAGUUACAAGGACAAGAAGCUUUCACAGCUUUUUGGGAAUUGGACUUCUACUGUGGAAAACCUCUUCACAAACUAUGAAUUCCCGCAGGAGGGGUCGAACCGCACCGAUGUGCGAUGGGUAAAGCUUGACUCCGGCGAGGCUAGUAUAAAAGCGAAGUUUGGGAAACAAGACGGCUUCAGCUUUACGGCUACCUACUAUACGUGGAAAGAUCUGUACGAAUCUAAACAUCCACACGAUCUAAGGGAGAAGAAGAAAGAAUAUGUCGUACUAAGGCUCGAUUCAGAUCAUCAUGGGCUUGGCUCUGGAAGCUGUGGGCCGAAGACAAGGAAAGAGUACGCAUUGAAACCAGGAAAUUUUGAGUUUGAGAUUGAACUAGAAUGA